AUGAUGGAGUCUUUCAUUUACGAGCCACUCGAUUCUGAACAGCAUGACUUUAGGCUUCUCACGCUACUUGGCGGCGACGAAAAGCAAAUUCGGUGCAGGAUCUCCCAUUAUUCACUGAGCUCAGACUCGGCUAUCAGCAAGCCUUAUGAGGCAUUGUCGUAUGCCUGGGGUGUUACCGCCUUUGUUGAGUGCAUCGAAGUCAACGACAAGGAGUUUUGGAUUACUGAAAAUCUGAAAACAGCAUUGGAUGUUCUUCGGCAUCGAGACAAAGGCAAUGAUCGUACACUAUGGAUAGAUGCCAUCUGUGUCAAUCAGGAAGAUCUCAAGGAAUGCAAUCAGCAAGUCCCCAUGAUGGGAGAAAUAUUCGAAAAGGCGGAACAAGUGAUCUUCUGGCUUGGAAAAGCAACGAAGCAUGCAAGAACAUUGAUGCGAUGUCUCAACACCCUUGAAUCAGCUUUUGUAGACCGGUCCGAAGGCGAGCAUUGGGAGAUCGACGAUACGCGAUGGCUCGGGCUCUGGAACAGCUUUGGCUUUGCCGAGGAAGUGAAGCAGGCCUGCGUCACAGGUCUCGAGUUCCUCCUGAGCCAACCGUGGUUUGAGCGAGUGUGGAUCAUUCAAGAAGUUGCCAGAGCUAGUGUUGGAACUGUAUGCAUCAGCGACUUUAACGUGAGUCCAAAGAUACUCGCGGUCGCUCCUGUAGUACUCGAUACAAUUCCCGACCCUCAUUGUCUCUCAAUCCUGAGUAUAAUGCCAGGGCUAGCGAGGUCUUCCAGCAGGUCUUCGAUGCUACACUCAAUAUGA